GCAACAUCAGUUUAAUCAGUUCGGGGUCUCCAGAAAAAUGAAAAUCUUGAUAUUAAAUCUGUUCAUCCUUUUAAUGACAUAUCUUGAUUCUGUUCAGUUAAGUACACAGUCCAGCGGUUCUAGUUCCAGUUCUGGGACGAUAAGUAGUGGACAAAGGGUUCAUCCACCAAUAGUAACUCUAGAUGAAGCUAAGGCUAUGGAGGACGGUCGGAUAGUGCUGGUGGCCGGAAUGAGAGGAUUUAAGAUAGUGGAGAGUGGGCAGCCUCGGGAUUUGGACGAACAAGAGAAAAUACAAUUGGCGCUGAUUAACAAGAGAAAUACAACCUGUAGAGAAGACCAAUUUUAUAUACCGUUAUUCAAACCUUCGAAGGGGAGCAAGCUAAUGCGGUACAAUCCUCGUACUCACGAAUUUGAACAUGUUGGAAAAGUCGACAGGCGAGGGAAUAUUCGUGCACACGAUAAUAGCUUAAUGGAAGCCCGAAAUAAUGAUCGGUUACACAACAACAAUGAUCAGAUUAUUGCAAUACGUUUGUAUGACAAAUGGCGCAAAAACACAUUGGUGUAGAGGCCGUAAGAUGCACUUCCUCGUCCAGUUGAUUUCGUGGAUUAAAAAACUUUUGAGGACUAAUUAACUAGAUUUGACCAUGAGCUGGACGCAGGAUGUCCAAAAGAUGAAUUUUCUGGAAAAACCUUGGACUUUAAGGCUACAUACUUUUAUUCAAUAAAAUUAUUUCAACAUAGGCUGAUUCAACUCUAUCUAAACU